CUUCACUCGUCCCUAUCACAUUCUCCUUCACGUCACGUUCUUCUUUUGUAGCAUUUGGUAAAGUUGCUUGCUUCAAUUCCUUCCUUUUGUUGCACAACACUACAACAGAACUGAAACUAAGAAAAUGGCUAGCGAAGGCACACUCAACUUCAUUGACAUCCUCCUCGCCAUCCUCCUCCCUCCUCUCGGGGUCUUCCUCAAGUUUGGCUGCCAUGUUGAGUUCUGGAUCUGUUUGGUUCUCACCCUUUUUGGCUAUAUUCCUGGAAUCAUCUAUGCUGUCUAUGCCAUCACCAAGUGAUUUAGUUUUCACCUUUAAUUUGGACUGUAGGUGAUGAAUAGCUGUCAUGUGUGCUGGAGCUUCUCUCGAUUCAGAUAUUUAUGGAUUAUGGACAAAAGUUAUUUUUUUCCCCUCUGUAUCAGUGUCAGUACUCUUUUUUAAUUUUUUUCUUGUGCUUUUAGAUUCUGUUUUUGUUCUGAUGUCAUGUGGGAAUGAAAGUGUGAACCUUAUGGUCUCUAGAUAAGAUAAUUCGUAUUGAAAUAUAGUAGUACUAUUUUAUUGGUUUCAA